UUUGCUUGUGGGCGCAUUUUGUGGUCUCUUCUUGGUCCUGGGUGCGUUUUGAGAUGCCUGAGCCAGCCAAGUCCGCUCCUGCUCCUAAGAAGGGGUCUAAGAAGGCGGUGACCAAGGCGCAGAAGAAGGAUGGCAAGAAGCGCAAACGCAGCCGCAAGGAGAGCUACUCCGUGUACGUGUACAAGGUGCUGAAGCAGGUCCACCCGGACACCGGCAUCUCGUCCAAGGCCAUGGGCAUCAUGAACUCCUUCGUCAACGACAUCUUCGAGCGCAUCGCGGGCGAGGCGUCGCGCUUGGCUCAUUACAACAAGCGCUCGACCAUCACAUCCAGGGAGAUCCAGACGGCCGUGCGCCUGCUGCUGCCCGGGGAGCUGGCCAAACACGCGGUGUCCGAGGGCACCAAGGCCGUCACCAAGUACACCAGCUCCAAGUAAAUUUCGUCAUGUGAAACAACGCAAAUAAUUCAAGGCUCUUUUAAGAG